ACCAACCUCUCAGCUGUGAGUGGUACAGGAGAUGCUCUCGUGAUUCGGAAUCUUCAUUCUGAUAAACGUUCUCUUCCCGCAAGGUGACUUUGCCUCCCCGCGCAAACUUCCCGACUUCUGUCCUCCAAUAGUAUCCAUCGUUCAAAACUAUGGAUAUUCCUCUCAGAAACGAAACGGACCGGAAAAUAUAAACCUUCAACUAAUUAUCGGUAUCGAAAAUACGGUGAACUGGACGGAGAGAAAAAUACCUACAUCGAAACUUUUUUUUUUGGGGGGGGGGGGUAUUUUUUCUCUCUGUGUGUCUGCCUCGUCUCUUUGUGUUGGAUUGUGUGAAGCUGUGAUCCCUACCGAGCGUUGCUGCUGUGUGUAUGUCAACCCAAGGAGACUCGUAGUGUCAGGGUGGUCCGCGACGGAAGGUGUGCUGCGAUGAUGAAGGUCCUCGUUUGGACCAUUGUGAUCCUCGCCCAGUGUGUUCUACGAAAGGUGCAGGGACUGGAGAAGCAGGUGGCCAAGAACUACCCAGGACUAGACCUGGGUCCAGCAGGCUCAGUGAUGAAGACCACAUAUGGCAUAGGGGGUAGAGCCUUGGGCACCGGAGGAGGGAGCGCAGGGGGAGUUAAACCACCCUACCAAACAACCUCCCGCAUCUUCUCGCCAGGCAUGGACGGGGUCGGCAACCCACCCAUGAAGCCCCCUCUGAAAAGUCCCACCUAUAGCUUCCUCAACCCUUACGACUGGGCAAAGAAUCAGUCUCUUCUCCUGGACCAGACAGGCUAUCGUAACAAACGCAAACCAUCACUGAAGACGGCUCAGAAGACCAAGAAGAUCUUUGGCUGGGGAGAUUUCUACUUCAACGUGAAAACCAUGAAGUUCAGCCUCUUGGUCACCGGGAAGAUCGUGGACCACAUCAACGGCACGUUCACCGUCUACUUCCGCCACAACUCGUCCAGUCUCGGUAACGUCUCCGUGAGUAUCGUCCCUCCAACUAAAAUAGUGGAGUUCGAGGUUCUCCAGCACCAUCAACCGGGCCUCCACGCCCAGCUCCACCCUGAGCUUCACACCCAGAUCACUCAACAACAGACCCCGCACCAGUCCACCUUCGACCCCAAGGAGGUAAAGACCUUCAACUGCCGGGUGGAGUACGAGAAGACUAACCGCUCCAAGAAACCCAAGCCCUGCCUCUACGACCCGUCUCAGACCUGCUUCUCAGAGCACACUCAGUCCCACGCCGCCUGGCUCUGCGCCAAACCUUUCAAAGUCAUCUGUAUCUUCAUCUCCUUCUUUAGCAUUGAUUAUAAGCUGGUUCAAAAAGUGUGUCCGGACUACAACUUCCAGAGCGAACACCCUUACCUUGGAUAAGAGAGGAGCGGGAGAGGAGAAAGUCUGGAGCGUGUUUCGAGGGGAUCUGUUUAAGCAAAGGGCCAAACGCAGAAUCACUCAUCUUGAUCUCUCGUUUAAACAGAGAAUGUGUAGUUAUUUGGGAUGCAAGGUGAUUUGUAGAUCAGUGAUCCUGCGCAGUUCGACUGCAAUGUGUUGUUGUCGAUCUCCAACAUGCACAAUGUCAGGACCGAUGACUUUUUUUCUGCUCUCAACCUACCGUUGGAUUGUGGAUAUUAUUCAAAUGAAGUACUGGUUGUCGACAUUAUAGAUUAUAUAAAUAUGGCAGAUUUUUUCAACCGUUUUACGUAAAAACAUUUGUGUUAUUUGUCUUUGAUUUGAAUGUAAAUAAUGUAAAACAAAAUCUAUACAGCUCUUAGAAAUUGGUUAUUAUCAGUGUUAAUUCAUUUUUGUCUGUUGGAGAAAUCGAAUUUCAAAACAUCAAAACAAGCUUGGAAGUAUGGACGUUUAAGUUGAUGACUUCAUAUUCUCCCUGGUGAUAUAAAUGUCUCAUGCUGUCCUUGUGUAAUCUCGGAAACCCAGAAUCUUGGAACCCGGAACCAAAUUUCAUGUACGCAACAGUCUGUCACAAGAGACUAGUCUUUGUAUGGCAUUAUAGGUUCUAGAAGGUUUUCAUGAUUUCAGUCUUAUUUUUGGAAUCCUUGCUACAAGAUCAUGAUUAUGGAGUCCUGGAGUUAUAUGUAUACAAUACAAUAUUGUACACCGUACUGGGAUCUAUUUCCACAUUCUAUUAUAUUUGACAUUCACUUAACACGUUUAUUAGGCAUUGUAUGAGGCGAGAGUGUUGUAGGAGGCAGAAGCAUUGUAUGAGGCAGGAGCAUUAUUGUAUUAGGCAAGAGCAUUGUAUGAGGCAUUAUAUAAGGAAAUAAAUAUUCAACAAAUGAUAAUAUCUGAUCAGGAAUUUAUUCAGCUGGGUAAUAUCAAAACAUAACUAUUCCAUAGGAUUUUUCUGUCCAAUCAGAAUAUUGUACAUGUAAGUCCAAAGAAAUAAAGAUCAUGGAUACCCUUUCAGAGAAUGUAUGAAUGGUUUAAUUUGACAUU